CGGUCGAGCAGCAGGCGCAGAGAUGCAGAUCUUUGUGAAGACCCUGAUGGGCAAGACCAUUACCCUUGAGGUCGAGCCCAGUGACACCACUGAGAGUGUCAAAGCCAAAAUCCAAGACGAGGAGGGCAUCCCACCAGACCAGCAGCGUCUGAUCUUCUCCGGCAAAGAGCUGGAGGAUGGCCGCACUCUGUCAGACUACAAUAUCCAGAAAGAGUCCACCCUGCACCUGGCGCUUCAUCUGCGAGGCGGCAUCAUUGAGCCUUCCCUCCGUCAGCUCGGUCAGAAAUACAACUGUGACAAGAUGAUCUGCCCCAAGUGUUACGCCCGCCUGCACCCCCGUGCUGUCAACUGCCGCAAGAAGUACGGCCACACCAACAACCUGCGCCCCAAGAAGGUCAAAUAA